AAAAUCAUAACCUUAAAUCCUGCACAAAACUUUGUUUUUCUUUGCAAAAAUGUCGGAUACAGCGGUGGUGAUCAAAGCAAAACCGCAACGAAAAGUGAUAAAAGCAACGAAAGUGACGAGAAUCCCGGAAUCCAUACUCAACAACAAAAAAUUGCAAGCUGCCAUCGAAGUGCUUCCAAAAAACUACAAUUUCGAGAUUCCCAAGACGGUAUGGCGAAUACAGGAGUUGAAAGCCAAAACAGUUGCUCUACAAAUGCCGGAGGGGUUGUUGUUGUUCUCCACAACGAUUGCGGACAUAAUUAAAGAGUUUACUGGGGCUGAUUCAGUGAUAAUGGGCGAUGUUACAUAUGGGGCUUGUUGUAUUGAUGAUUUAACCGCUAUAGCGCUCGGAGUGGAGUUGUUGGUGCAUUAUGGACACAGUUGUUUGGUUCCUGUGGAUCAAACGAGCGGAAUUAAGGUGCUAUAUGUAUUUGUAGACAUCAAAAUUGACCCGCUGCAUUUUGUGGAAACAAUCAAGCUUAAUUUCGAGAAAAAGACUAAAAUUGGUUUGGUUAGUACAAUACAGUUUGUGACCACACUACAGGCUGUGUCUGGAAUGCUGAAGGAAGAAGGUUACGAUAUUUCUAUUCCACAGUUUAAGCCGUUAUCGCCAGGAGAGAUUUUGGGGUGUACAGCCCCUGUUUUAAGAUGUGCUGAGGUUGUGAUUUACUUGGGGGAUGGUAGGUUUCAUUUGGAGGCUGCAAUGAUAGCUAAUCCAAAGAUACAAGCCUAUAGGUAUGACCCGUAUGACAAAAAGUUUACUAGAGAGUAUUAUGAUCAUUUGGAGAUGGAAACAAUAAGGAAAGACUGUAUAGAUACGGCCAAAACUGGGGGUAAAUUCGGGGUUAUUAUGGGGACUUUGGGUAGACAAGGCAGCUUCAAAGUUGUAGAUCAUUUAUGUUCAAGACUUGAAGAGAACAGCAAAAAAACGGUAGUAAUACUAUUAUCAGAAAUAUUCCCCAACAAAUUACAACUAUUCACACAUUUAGAUGCUUUUGUGCAAAUUGCUUGCCCUAGAUUAUCUAUUGACUGGGGUAAAGCCUUUACAAAACCCCUUUUGACCCCAUAUGAAAUGUCCAUAGUUCUGGGAGAUUCCCACUGGCACAAAAAUGGUGAAAGUUACCCCAUGGAUUUUUAUGCCAAUGCAAGUUUGGGGCCCUGGACCCCAAAUCAUAAGCCUGAUGCUGAUAAGUUGAAUAAAUGUUGCGGAAAAUGUCCAUGAUUUUUUAUAGAUGGGUAAAUUUUUUUAGUAUGUUUUAUUGGUAAUAAAUUAAUUUUAUUUAUGCA